AUGAGCAAGGAUAGAACACGACGUGAAUAUAAUUCAUACAAUGACCUUAGCAGACAAUUUUGCAUGUACGAUGACCAGUCCAUGGACUCGCUGCAGGAUCGCUGGCGCAUCGACAUGAAUCCAAAUGGCAGCACUGAUCUAUCCUUAGCCCGCACCGAGUGCUACACGCCCUGCUCGCCUUACCCGCAGUCAACAUUGCUGCUGCGUCAGCACAACUUCAAGCAAAAGGCAUACUACUCCAAUGUGGGCAACUGUGUGCACUGCAAGAAGCGCAUUCGCUUCGGCGUUAGCAGUCUCCGGUGUCGCGAUUGUCCGCUUCGCUGCCACACCGCCUGCUGUGGUGAGCUGACUGUGAAUUGCAUACCACAACCGGUGGUGGGCGGCAAGCGGAAUUUGCUGAGUGACCUUGCACCCAGAGUGUCGCCUAUGGUGCCCGCCUUAAUCGUGCACUGUGUCACGGAGAUCGAGAUGCGCGGCCUGGAGCAGGAGGGUCUCUAUCGCGUCUCUUCCACUAAAGACAAGGUGAAGCGCCUGAGGCGCAAGCUAUUGCGCGGCAAGUCGGUGCCGCAUCUGGGGGACAAGGACACGCAUACGCUCUGCUGCUGCAUUAAGGAGUUUCUGCGCACGCUGCACCGUCCACUGAUUCCCGUUUACAAUCGUCCGGAUUUCAUGCUGGCCACAGAGCUCGACGACCCCAUGGCUGCCGAGGAGCAGCUGUAUAUGGCAGUGAUGGAACUGGAGCAGUCACACCGCGACACUCUGGCGUUUCUCAUGCUGCACUGGCAACGCAUCGCUCAAUGUCCAGAGGUGAAGAUGUCUGUCAAUAAUCUUGCUGUCAUCUUUGCGCCCACACUGUUCGACAACAUUGACAUGAAUCUUAGCAACAUCGUGCUCUGGCAGCAGGUAGUCAAGCUGCUCUUGCUCCAACAGCCUGAUUUUUGGGCACAGUUCCUUGAGGUUGAGGCGCUGCAGGCGUCCAGUGAACUGGACGAUGAGGAAUGGAAGCGUGAGCGCGAGCAUUCCCCUACACUGCACUGGCAAACGGUGAAAACCUAUUUUAGAUCUAUGGUUAAUCUGGCUGAAUAAGUUGGCGCUGAAAGGUUGAAAAGCUAAAAAGGAAACUAAGUGAUAUAUGAAUAUCCCCCUAACAAAUGCUGAGGCCUAUAGAGUUGCUAUAGAGUUUAGCUGGUGUAUGCUAAUUGUUCAAUGAUUGUUGGGGAGAGUCUUAUGUCCAGCCUCAGUUUCUUGUUUAAGUGAUUUUAUAUAUAGUUAACAUAAAAGCUUUCUAUAAGUUUAUUGACCAGUUGGUGGCUCCUAUUGAAAGUUUGUAAAUGCAAAUAUUCGGGAUGCUACUUCAAGCUAAAUGCUUGAAUGCAACUAUGCUGACAAUAGUAGGACCACAAGCUAUUAUUUAUUCCAUAAAUAUCGCUUACGUUUUACAUGGAAAUUGUAUAUUGUUGCACACCUUUCCACCUUUUUUUUAGCCAGAUAUCAAUUGAAUAAACAGGCAGAGUUCGGUAACUUAAGAACAUAAAGCAUGAUAUUUAAAAUUCAAUUU